ACAGUUUUCGUCCCCUCCAUCCAGUUUUCGUCCCUUCCAUCAUUACUCUUCCCCUAUUUAUGGAGGCUAAUUGGUUUCAGCUACCCACCCUACUCCAGACUACUUACUGCUCCAGACUACUGCAGAGACAGAAGCAAGCUUGAUGUCUUCUUUUCCAGGACCGCAGGAUCUAACAACAGGACAAGAAGACGAUGAUAGGCGUAGAGAAGCUGUACACAUUACCACCACUUAUUGGCCAGUAAAUCGUCCUCAUCCACUGAAUGAUGCCAAUAUAUUAUACGGGAUUUAUGAUAAUGGUGUUGUGAAAAAGGAAUGCUGCAUAGUGAAAAACUUCUCUAAAACACACGUAUCUCAUCAUAGUGAUUUUGCUUCAUGUAUGCAAGGGAACGGGUUUUCAGAUCUUUGUUUGGAAGUGUAUGCUUAUGAUGAACCUAAUGACACCCUGAUUUGUGAGCCUUUUAAGUCCACACUCAUGUCUUGGACCAAACAAAUUUUAGAAACUCGUAAGCGAGAUAUUUGGAAGGAGCAGGAUAAUUCCAUAUCUGGACGAUCUUUACUGAGGCCUCUUUUUGGUUUUUUGAUGGUUUAUGCUCCAGCACGUUAUUACCAUCCACAUUUGCUCAACUCAGUGUACAUAACUGAUGGAAAUAAAGUUAAAUUUCUAUCAAAGGUGGAAGUACGUCGGAGUCGUGGGGUGUGGGAGAAUAAUUUGUUUCAGGUUGUAUCCUUUAUAUAUGGAAUCUCAGUACAAGAUAGUCGACAAGAAGCAAAGGAAAUUGGAAAUCUCAAAUAUCCAGAAUAUCUAGAAUCUUUGCCAACAUGUGUCGCACAUAUUCCAAAGAGCCUUCAGAAUCUCUACAAAUAUUUGCAGUCCUAUGACCCUGCUAGACAUUGUGCACGUUUCUUCUUUGAUCCACCCUUCCUACACAAAUGGCGUAGAAAAGCUGUACACAUUACCACCACUUAUUGGCCAGUAAAUCGUCGUCAUCCACUGAAUGAUCCCAAUAUAUCUUACGGGAUGUAUGAUAAUGGUGUUGUGAAAAAGAAAUGCUGCAUAGUGAAAAACUUCUCCACAACAGAGGUAUCUCAGCAUAGUGAAUUUGCUUCACGUAUGCAAGCAAAGGGGUUCUCAAAUCUUUGUUUGGAAGUUUAUGCUUAUGAUAAACCUAAUGACACCCUGAUUUGCGAGCGUUUUAAGUCCACACUCAUGUCUUGGACCAAACAAAUGGCAUGUACUUGGAAGGAGCAGGAUAAUUCCAUAUCUGGACAAUCUUUACUGAGGCCUCUUUUUGGUUUUUUGAGGGUUUAUGCUCCAGAAGGUGCUCCAGAAGGUGCUCCAGAAGGUUAUUACCAUCCAGAUUUGCUCAACUCAGUUUACAUCACAGAUGAAAAUAAAGUCAAAUUUCUAUCAAAGGUGAAAGUACUUAGGAGACCUGUUGACUGCAAGAAGAAUUUGUCCGAGGUUUUAUGCUUUAUAUAUGGAAUCUCAGUAGGAGAUAUUCAACAAGAAUCAAAGGAAAUUGGAGAUCCCGAAUUUCCAGAAUCUUUGCCAGAAUCUUCAGAACAUAUUCCAAAGAGCCUUCAGAAUCUCUACAAAUAUUUGCAGUCCUAUAACCCUCGUAGGUGAGUUGAAUUACUUAUUUUUCAAAUUGUGAUUUUUGUGUAUGGUUUAACUGUCUUCCUUUCCUUCAGACAUUGUGCACGUUUCUUCUUUG